AUGUCUUGUCCCUCCGAUGAUUUUAGUCAAAAGAUUUUCUUUGAAGUUCACAAUAAUUUACCAAGAGAAGGUCCUGGAAGUGUUCAAUCAACUCUUCAAGCGUUUCGGUCUAUUAGUCCAGACGAUAAACAACAAAAUAUACUUGAUAUCGCUUCUGGUCCGGGUGUAACUACUAUCGAAUUGGCAAGAUUAGGACAUCAUGUAACUGCCAUUGAUAAUCAUGAACCAUUUAUAAAAACACUCGUAACACGAGCUAAGGAAGAACUUCUUUCAGAUCGUAUAAAUGCAUUGAUUGGUGACAUGUUUUGUCUCGAAAAAUUUGUGCCUCAAAAAGCAUUUGACAUAAUUUGGUCUGAAGGUGCAAUAUAUAUAAUUGGUUUCGAAUCUGGCCUUAUUGAAUGGAAGGACUUUUUAAAAAACGAUGGUUAUCUUGUUUGUUCUGAAUUAUCUUGGUUAACUACAGGUCCACCAAAUGAGAUUCACGAAUUUUGGUCGAAAAAUUAUCCGGGAAUGCAUUCUCAAGAAGAAAAUUUUGCAAUUAUAAAGAAAUGUGGUUAUGAAUUGAUUGAUAGUUUUGUACUAGAUGAAAAAGAUUGGUGGACUGAAUACUAUGAACCCAUGGAAAAGCAAAUUGAACGAUUGAAAUUGAAAUAUAAAGAAGAUAAAGAGGCAGAAGAUGUUUUACGAAAACAACAACUUGAAAUUGACAUGUAUAGAAAAUAUUCAAAAACAUAUGGUUAUGUAUUUUAUAUCAUGAAAAAUAUCAAUGUAUAA